AUGCCGCUCAUCGAGGAAGUCGUCCACCACUCCGCGGCCCUCGAGCCGUUGGAUGGUGAUGACGCCGAGCUUCACGAGGACGCGUCGUCCUCCAAGGUCAACCUCGACGCCGCGGUCGCGGAGAUCGAGGCGCGAGAGGCGGAGCACGGGUGGCAGACUCUCGUGGAGGGCACCGACGGGGACCGGCCCGCGGUGGACGAAGACGGCAACGUGCUCUCCGUGUUCGGCGAGCAGUCCUUGCACAACUACCCCGACAUCCACGCCGACUGGGGCGACGUCCGACACGGCCCGCUCGCGGCGCGUCGACCGACGCAGGCGGGCACCGCGAACCCGUACGACGCAAACGCGGGGGGUUGGAACACCGAGUACCGCGCGCAGCUCGAGCACGCCAUGGACAUGGUGAGGGACUCGCGGGAGGUGAUGAAGAACCUUCGCGAGCUCAGACGUAAGAAGAAGGAAGAGGACGAGGAGGGGGUGCAUCACACGUACGUCAAGGGCCAGACGGCGAAGGAGGCGAGCGAGCAAUGGGAACGCGAGCGAGCCGAGCGAGUCGAGCGGGACAAGUCCAAGAGGCUCGCGAAGAUGGAGGCGGACGCGAGGGCGGCGGCGAGGGCGGCGGAGGAAAAGGCUGGUGAGAUCGUUGGGGUCAAGCCCUUGCCCGAGUGGAUCGUCAAGGCUGGCAAGAAGGACGGAUCGUCGGCCGAGUUUGACCUCGCCGCAGCGCACAGGGAGUGGAUCGAAGCGCUCGGCGCAAGGGACAGCCCCACGCGAACCAGGACCGGCCGGUCGGCGAUGAACCGGGAUGCGGACGAGGACGCGCGAUGCGAUGAGGAGGCCACCGAGCCGCCGGCGACGCCUCCGAGCGAGAAGGAAAAGGCGGAGUCGAAGACGAUGAAAGCGGAGUCGGCUCGCUCAGAGUUUGAAGUCGACGAUUCCAACGAGGGAGACUUCUUCCGCGAGCUGUCCAGCCUGAGUCCGCACAGGCGCGCGCAGUCGUCGAGGACCGAGGAGAGAGACUUCUGGAAUGAGGACGUGUACGGCGGCGACGUCAACGACGAGCUCGCCCAGUUUGAGCGGCAGAUGUCGGAGAUGUGCAGUCUCGAAAUCUCGUCCAUCAAGCGCGUCGCCGUCGCCGAGGACUGACGUGCUCACAGGAUGCUAUGCCAUCUACCGUGCGAGAUAUUAAAUACCGAUGAUUCCUAAAGUCU